CUGAAAUUUAAUACUAUUUUUUUACUAUAAUGAACAUCACUAAAAUCCCUUGAGAGAAGAGAGGAGACGAGACGAGACGAUGAAAAUCAAAAUUGUUCUUCAGCCGUUCUCUUCUCCGGCAAAAUUGUGUUCUGCCUCCCUCUCUCUCUACGGCACUUGAAUCGAUGAACUCCAUGUUGUACUUGUGGGCUGAGCUUCUGAUCCAUCGUUUCACUCCGUCGAAACUGCUUGAGCGAGCACGUCUCUCUCUUUCCACCGGAGAACCUCCUUCUCAAUGUCACCGACCAUCCCCAUUCCUCCAGAGCCACCGGACCUGCCAGAUCCGCCGGAUCUAUGGGCUCGGUUUCUCCUGCCCUCUUUGGUCUCUCACUCUUUCUCUUAAAGCUUCCGGCGUGUCUUAUCCUCCGAUGGAUCCAUACCUCCGCCAUCGCAGUGUUACAAAACAAACGGCUGAACAAGUACAACUACUCGGCCAUUGAUGAACAGUUUAUAUUUUACCGAUCAGAUGGACUUAAGAAAUUUGACCCUUCAGAUCCUAAUUCUCCUCUUCCAAACUCUCUCUUGGACUUUCGAGAAGGAACUAAACUCGAAUGGCGUGGAAAUGUAAACCAUCACAUGACAGAAGAAGUUGUGAAAAAGACCAGAUCUUUUGAGAAGGUGAAAAGUGAAGCAGAGAAAUGCCUAGCGCAAGGUGAAAAGUUCGUUUCUGUGUUAAACACAAAGAAGGCAAAACUCAGAGCACUAAGGGAUAAAGAAGAUUCAGGAAGAGCAGUUUAAAAGGAAGAGUCAACGGACAAAACUGAAAGCUUUGAGAGUGGAAGAACCGAUAAUGAGCAGAGCGAGGAAGAAGCCUCAAAGAAGGCAAUAACAAGCAGCAAAGCACGUGGUCGGAAGAGAAGUGCACGCAGCUAAAAGAUUCCCCUGCCUUCGUGAUUUCAGGUCAGAGAGAGAUUACAUUCCAAGUUUUGUUCAAAGCUCAUAGCUAGAAAAAGACAAACAUCUUUUGGUUAAAAAAUUCGCUAGAAUUUGUAUUUGCUUGUGAAUGUAACUAUUGUGGUGAUUAAGAUUCCGUAACAUCACUAAUACGUAUUAGAACAAAAAUUAACAUAUAAUUUAAAGUUUAGGUACAUUAGACAAGCCGUAAAAACGUCAAUGUUCAUUGUUCUUUGAUUGAAAAGUGUAAAUCUCUAGGAUCAAUGCAUACUCUAUGCAACACA